AUGUCGACAGCACCGGUGAAAGCCGUACCUGUACCGAGUCAACGAAAUGCUUUCACAAAAAUCGAGGAGCGACGCCUUGGAAACAAAGAUUCCGAAGAGACAUGCUCGGCUAUACCGUCACCAUCAGUACGGGCUAUCUCGGCGCUGAAACGAACUUCCAUAGGAAAAGGUGCUGCGGCUGAGCCAACACCAGUGCCAACGGUGGAGAAUAUGACAUUGCCAUCAACACAAUUUAUCGUGCGAGGUGGCGUGGCCAGGCGCUCAUUGGCAGAAAGGACUCGCAUUUUGAGACAGGAAUCAUCUCCGCCCACGCCAGUGUCAGAGAAGGCACCAGAAUGUGAGUACAUCUGCUUUAAUAAAUCUCUGAUUGUGAUUGGUUAG